AUGGAGCCACGCGCAGCUCCAAUCGUGCUGUUUAUUCUACUGUGCGUAGCAAACUGGCAACAAGUGUUGGGUCAAUGUCCUCAAAACCCGUACCGAACGUUCGAUGGUUCGUGUAACAAUCUUCAAAAUCCCUCAUCGGGCGCUGCCAAUACACAAUUUACACGACUGAUUCCUGCCAAAUAUAGUGAUGGAAAAUCAAGGCCCGCCGUAGCAACUGACGGUAGUGAUCUUCCCAACCCUAGAGUGCUGUCCGUUGAGGUCUUCCAGGAGGGUGUGCAGAACAGUCCUGAGUUCUCGCUGGUUAACAUGCAGUUCGGACAGAUUGUAGCCCAUGAUAUGGCUCUUACGCGUGGAGUUCGAGAUCAAUUGCCAUGUUGCGCUAACGGUCGCUUACAACCCGCACGAGGACCACGAUGCCUCGCUAUUCCCGUCUCACCCGAUGAUCCUGUGUUCUCUGUACGUGGCAUUGAGUGCUUGGGAAUGAUCCGCACUCUAAACACUUGUGAUGAAGAUUCCUCUAAUUGCAACCGGGCGGAACAGAUCAAUGCUGUCACUUCCUUCUUGGAUCUGUCAGUCGUGUACGGAAAUUCUGCUCAAGAGGCCGCCCUGCUCCGAGAGCCCAACUCGGGUUUCUUGAAAGUUGAACAGCGUGAUGGUCAGGCAUGGCCACCAAGACAUCCGAAUGCGAGUACUACCUGCACACUGAGAACUCCGAACGAUGCAUGCUAUCUUACUGGGGAUGGACGAGCGAACCAAAGUCCUCAUUUGGCGAUACUUCAAAUUACAUUCGUACGGGAACACAAUCGCAUCGCUAGACUACUUCAGUCGCUCAACACCAACUUAUCAGCAGAGGAAAUAUUCCAACGUGCUCGAAGCAUCAACAUUGCCCAGUAUCAGCACAUCGUGUACUACGAAUGGCUGCCAAACUUCUUGGGCCAAAGCUUUAUGCUGCAGAAUCAAUUGAUUUAUGCUUCCAAAGGUCCAACGAACGACUACAGCUUUUCCACCGAUCCAUCCGUGAUUAACUCUCACACAACAGCUGCGUUCCGAUUUUUCCAUUCCUCCAUACAGGGCACUCUGAGACUCUAUGAGGAAAGCCGACGAUCGAUGUCCAAAGUUGACAUCAACGAUCACACUAACAACCCGAGCAUUCUGGAAGAAACGUUUGAACGAUAUCCUAGUCUGCUUCGUGGACUCACCACCCAGCCGAUGGGGCUGAACGAUGCCAGUUUCGAUCCUGCCACCAAACACUUCCUCUUCCGGUUCAACAACAUGUUCGGCACGGAUCUGAAAGCGAUCGACAUUCAACGCGGUCGCGAUCAUGGUCUGCCCGGAUACAACGACUUUUUGUUCUACUUCUUCCAGCAGCGUGCCUCUUCCUGGGCAGAUUACAACCGGUUUCUUAUACCAGGGGCGAUCGAGAAACUAAGCAUCUACUACAAAUCCGUGGACGAUCUUGAAUUGUCCGUUGGAUUGGCGUUCGAAAAGAAGAUUGACGGUACGGAAACGGGAUUGGUCCUGCAAAACAUUCUGCGCGAACAGUUCCUGCGCACCAGGAAGGCGGAUCGCUUUUUCUACGAAAAUGGAAACCAUUUAUCCACCGUACAGUUGGCGGAAAUUCGGAAAGUUAGCAUGGCAAAAAUCUUAUGCGCCAACUCGAUUCAGCUCCGGUUCAAUCAGCCUGAAGUAAAACAAAUACAGCCGGCCGUUUUCCUGCUGCCCUCCAAUACGAAUCAGCUUCGGGCAUGCUCUUCGUAUCAAACACCAAAUUUUAAAGUGUUUGUGUAA